CGUGCUCCGCUGAGCGUUUGCCACUGAGGGCGAGUCGCUGUAAACGUGUGGACGCGGCCAACUCGUAACCUGCGGACUUCGAGAGAAAAUAAAGAGUAAAGAUUAGGAUUGCUUAAACUCACGGCGCUUCUAGGAGAACGAGUUUCAAGAAAACAAAGGAAGAAAGAAAUCCAUGUGCAGAAAAAAAAGUGCGCGCGGAGGACUAGUGUAGCGCGAAGCAACACGUAUCCGGUGGGCUCGCACUCCUGAGUGAAAGGCAGGGGGAGAGAGGGCCGAGGUGGGGGAGAAAACGGGAGAGUUGCUCACAAGUGGAAACGGGGUUUCAUUUUUUUAUCGUUUUCUGCACGAAGCCGCACACUUGUCCGAGGAAUUAUGAGGAACAUUUGGAUGCUAUUGACCCUCGGCUUGGCUGCCUUUCUUUCGGGGGAGAGGAUAGUGGUCUCAGCAGCAAAGUCUGUGACCUCUGAUGACCUAUACCUGGAGGACACGGGUUCUGGAGGAUACCCUGAAGACGACGAUGACUUCAGCUCUGGAUCAGGCUCAGGUGCUGGAGAGGAAGUGGAGGAGGUAGUUACAGUGAACACACUCUUCAUAGCACCCAAAGCAGAGCCCACACAGGACACGACCAAAGACUUCACACCCAGAGUAGAGAUCUCCACAUCCCGGGACAUCCCAAGGGAAAUGCCCAGGAAGCCUGUCAGGACAGAGCCUCCAGCUCCUGUUACAGAGGACCUGCGCAGGAAUCCUCUGACCAGCACCACCAGCUCCCCACGCUCCCCUGUGGAGCCCUUUGAGGUGCGCUCUGAAAAUCUCUUCCAGAGGACAGAGGUUUUGGCAGCCGUCAUUGCAGGCGGAGUUAUUGGCUUUCUCUUUGCCAUCUUCCUCAUCCUUCUUUUGGUGUACCGUAUGAGGAAGAAGGAUGAAGGCAGCUAUGAUCUCGGAGAAAGGAAGCCCUCUGGAGCAGCUUAUCAGAAGGCUCCCACCAAGGAGUUUUAUGCAUAGACUCCCUCAUCCCCCCCUGUCUCGUAAGCCAAGCUUCACCAACCAUGAUGAUGGUCUCAUAUCGAUGAAGACAAACACCUUCACAUAAAGAUUAAAAGAAAGCAAAACAACAACUGAGGAACAUAAAUAACAUAAAGGAAAAGCUUUUGCAUAGAGUAUUGUAAUUAAACCUUUUCUUUCUUUCUUUUUUUAAUGAAAAGCCAAGCAAUGCUCAUUUUACAGUAAGUCUCAGUGUAUUUAAACUUUUAUUGUGUAUUAUUUGAGAAGGCUGAAAGGACAAAAAAAACACAAUCUGUAAAGGUGAGGAAUUUGCAUCUGUCUUCUGUCAAAGGAGCUGUUUUUAGUCACUGACUACUUUUUAACUGUAGCAGUAUGUAUUUGUAAAGAAAAAAAAAACAAUUUAAGGUGGAAAUAAUUGAAUAUAAUUGUUCUGUAUCAAUCCUAUUUUCAUUUUCAUCAUUAUUUUGUCUUAGCAUGUCUAAUGUUGAUCUUAAAGGUGUAUCUCAUUAAUUUAUCUUUUUCUCUGGUGUUUAAAAUGCCUUUCUGUAGUUUUCAUUGAGCUCUUUUGUCAGAUUAACAUUUAACUGUCAAUGUAAAUGUUCUCCCUUAAGGUUACAAUGUUGUUUAUUAUUAUUAUUAUUAUUAAUAUGAUUAUUAUUGUUAUUAGCUCUCACAUUAACUUGCUCUGGUGAACAAUUUACGAUGGAAUUUAAUUUUCUUUGCAGAGCUUAAGCUUUAUUCAUCUCUAUACUAAGUUGGUGUUGGACUUUAAGGGGAGAGAUGAUACGGCUUAAAUAGAGCAACCUCUUCCCAUAUAGAGCUGGAGAGGUUUUAUUAUUUAAUUUAAUCUGAAACUCAUAUGGUACUUGGUGCUCAUCAGUUUAAGGCAUGUGGAGGAGAUUCUGAGAAGUGUUCAAAUAAUUUGGUACCCAUCCUUCCAACCCCCACUUUGUUUCUUGCUCAUGACACCCCGUACUGUCUCAGUGGUCCUAGUCUCAGUUUCUGUCAUCAUAACUUCCACUUGGGUCCAUUGUGAAUUCAUCUUGAGGUCAGAUUAGAUUUAGUCCAUGCAGAUGGAAAAUACUUGACUUAUGUUCCAGUUUUUUUUAAGUCUUGUCUGAGGUUAGAAGCAAAUAACACACUUGUAUUUCAGAAACCUGUCUCUUCCUAUAAGGGGGAUGACUGAUGUCAGCUUGGAGGUUUAGUCUAAGAGAUAAUGUUGUCUCAAAAUUUAGGCUACAGUGACUCACAGCAUACUUUCUUUGGGCUUUGCAUAAGCUGAACAGUCCAAACCUCUGCCCUGGCGUAUUUGUGCCACCAUGCCUUUGGUUUUUGAGCAUGGCUCAGCCGCCAUCAGACAUGUAAGUGUCCUUUUGACAAAAGGUCUGAUGCUUCUUCUGAGAAAGGCAUGCGUCUUCUGUAAAUGGUGACCCAGGCCAAAUAAAUUGUGGAGCCUGUGUAACUCUUUGGACUCAUAGGCUAUCUUAGGUAUGGAGUAUUGCUCUUAUUAAUCUUCUGGUGCUGAAUAUGAAGGCCAGUAAGAAGCAGUUUGUUUUUUUUUCUUGUCUUUCCCCCCAUCUGAAUCUACAUGAACCUGACAGGUCAUGAAGGCAUGGUCUCUAAUGGACUCCACACACAUUCACAUCUAACUUCCUCUAAGUUGCUCUUUACUGUCUUCUUGUUGUACCUAGCUGUUGCCAACUUCUCUGAGUGACUUUCCUGGCCUCAAACAUUACCUAGCUCAGCUGGAGGUGAACAAAGGAAGGUACUGGGGAAAAAACACAAGCAAACCCAAAGACUCAUAGGAUUCUCACAUUGCUGUGUCAUAUUCAUAUUCCCUUGGCCAUGUUUGAGUUUUCACAUUUUUUUAGCCUUUAGAUUUUUUUUAAGUAAAGACCUGACCAUCGCGUCCAAUUGUUUAUUCAUAUAUAAAAAAUAUAUAGAAAUAUAUAUAAAUGUAUAUUCACAAAAUGUUUUAAACCUUCAAAGUGCCUACCAUUUGGAAAUGUGCUUGUGUUUGUCUUGGUUGAAGGAGGUGUGUGUACAUCAGAACGGCCAGAGCGAUGUUGUGUAAGCACAGCUGACUGUAUUGGUAACUUUUUUUUAGUCUUACAAAAUGCAGACAGUAUUGUAUCUAUAAGUUGAAACAACACUACUGAAUAAACAUUGUGGCCUAAUUUUU